AUGCUGAUUGUUUUCGUUGUUGGAAUCAUAGUAAUAUCAAUUGCAGAUAUUAUAUAUGUAGUGAUUUCAUACAAGAAAAAUAAGAAUAAACCUCAAAAUAAUAUUGAAAAACAUGAAGAAGAACCUAAAGAAGAAAUAAUUUCUGACGAAGAAAGAGACACAGAAAAGAGAAAAACAGAACCAAAAGAUGAAUCAAUUUCUGAUGAAGAAAAAGAUUCAGAUAAGAGAAAGGUUGAACCUAAAGAUGAUGAUGAAAGCAAAUCAAGUACAAAGUCAUAUAGUCAGAGCAAACCAGAUGAUAUGUCUGAUAAUGAUUCCAAAGACAAUGAAUCAAGCAAAUCUGAGGAGAAGACUAAAAGAAGAAGGAGAAGGAAACAAAACAAAGAUGAAGAUUUGUCUGAAUCACUUUCCUAUUCGAAAUCAACUAAAGGUUCAUAUUCAACGUCAAAUAAGGAGAAACAUUCAAUAUCAAGCGAAUAUUCUUAUUCAGUACCGAAUGAAGAUUCACAAUCUAAUGAGGACUCAUUUUCAAUGUCAAAUUUCAAUGCUAAACAAGUACUAACAUUGAAAAACAUGCAGUGA